AUCAGCAUCCAGCUUCCCAUCUUCCACUCUCAUCAUCCAUCAAUCAGUACAACACUUCUCAAUACCAACUUCACCCAACAAACCAACAACUAUCAAAAUGCCUACUUCCCAGAUCUCCACUCCUCUAAAGGGCGUUGACGCCGCUAUUGUCAUCGCUGCUCUUCACAACCACGAUCUCAUGAUCAAAGACUGUCUGCCCAGCGCUCCCACAUACACCAUCACCGACAAGAAGCCCAUUGGCCAGACUACCUACACCCUCACAUUGACCAACGUCCCCGACGGUGUCGACUCCCUCGUCAACGCUAAGCCCCCCGUCGGCAUCCUCACCAUCAGCGGCAAGUGGCGAGUCACCGACGGCACGCUCAACGAGUCCAUCGACAUCGAUGCCAACUUCAUGAUGAAGAAGGUCGCCAAGAGCACGGUUGAGAAGACGCACCCGGAGCAGCACUUGAAGCUUCUUGAAGCCGCAAGGGGUUAA